AUGAGGCUGUCCAAAAGUACUUCCGCCACUGGCGCUCUGAGCGCGACUUUGAUCACGCUCGCGUCUAUAACUGAGCAUGUCCUUGCUCUACCAUCACCUGAGCCCAAAGCAUCCUGGGUCCGAAAGGGCCAAGGUCGCAAGGCAAUAUCAGAUGUGCUCAGGGGAAAGAGAGACCACCUACGUCGGUCCGUUCCAUCGCCUGCCAACGAGACCGAAUCUUGUGUCGGGACACUGGCGGCCCAGCUUUCUGCGCCCAAGGUGAACAUGUGGGCUGAGAUUGAGGAGGCCGACGCGGCCGCCGUUGUCGCAUGGCUCUUCAGCCAGCCCGAGUUCAAUUUGACCACCACUGAGAACGCGACGGAGUGGGACAACACGGUGUUGCUCGUUGAAUCGAUCCAGCCGAAUAAAUCUGACGUAUUGCCGUAUAUCGAUGGCGCCGCGUCACAACCACCGAAAUGGGCGAAAGCAAUUCUGGACAUGCGGGCGUUUAAGGAGCCGUACUACCAGGAAAUCAUGGUCGGCCCUCUGCCGAUAGAUAACUCGACAACCACCUGGACCCCUCAUUCCUAUCCAUUAACUAAGAACAGUGGUGGGAAAGUGCGAAAUCUGGAAGCUGACUCCGAAAAGCUGUUCAGCGAGUGGAUUCACCCAAUCACUGCCUCUGUUGCAGACAUUACCCUGGAUCUCUGGAACGGCACAGCCAUGGGAUUGGACAAUGAUACCCUCGACGUCUUUGGAAUCGAUCCCUAUUGGCAGGACGACGGAAGAGUCAUCCGGUGGGACACAUUCUGGAACAUACCUCAGGACGAUUUCGACGCCGAGACGCUUCUGCCUCUAGGGUUAUUCUUCAAGUCUGAUAUAACCGGGCGGGAUCCUAGCCAGUGGAGCCUCGAGGGGUGGCUUUAUAACGGCGUCUUCUACGAGACCACCGAAGACUUCCGUACCGCUUAUUGGAGUGAAGGGUUUGAGAAGCUUGGUGCUAACGUCGAGGGCCGUUGGGCCGGGACGGACCAGCAGGGACCAGUCAUGCCAAUGGAUACCCUCUUCCCGCCAACGAUGGUCUCACCAGCAGGCUCCCGGUUUGGUGUCGACCGCGAGCAAAAAUACGUCGAGUGGAUGGAUUUCAGCUUCUAUAUCGGAUUCUCUCGCGACACUGGGAUCUCACUGCACGAUAUUCGGUACAAGGGAGAGCGGCUCAUUUACGAGCUGGCUCUGCAAGAGGCACUUGCCCACUACGCCGGGAAUGAUCCAGUGCAGUCUGGAACUUCAUAUCUCGACACGUACUACGGCUUUGGACCUUAUGCUUUUGAGCUCGUGCCGGGGUACGACUGUCCCACAUACGCAACAUACCUCAACACGUCCUUCUAUGUUUCUGAAACCACACACACCCACAUUAACAGCAUCUGCCUGUUCGAAUACGAUGCCGACUUUCCCAUCCAGCGCCACAGCACAAAUAAAUAUGUGUCUGUGACGAAGAACACUUACUUCGCCGUCCGUUCUGUGUCCACAGUGGGUAACUACGAUUACAUGUUUACCUAUACGUUUUUCAUGGACGGCUCGAUCGCAGUCGAGGUUCGCGCCUCCGGCUAUAUUCAGUCUGCAUACUUUGCGCAGAAUCAAGACUACGGAUUCCAGAUACACGACCAUCUGAGCGGAUCCAUGCACGACCACGUGCUCAAUUGGAAAGUCGAUUUUGACAUCCUUGGAACAGAGAAUAGUGUCCAGUUGAUGAGCCAAAGGCCCGUCACUACCACCUAUCCCUGGUCGGGCAACAAAACCCGGAACACCAUGAGACUUGAGCGGUCUUUCAUAGAGACUGAAGAUGAUGGACGAUUCAACUGGGAUUUCAACGGACAGACUCAGGUGAUUGUCGUGAAUCAGGAAGAGAAAAACCAUAAUCUGGUCAACGCUGCCCAUUGGGCCGAACACGACCUUCAGGUCACAAAGCGCAAGGAUACCGAGCCCAAAAGCGCUCACAGGUUCAACAGCCAGGAUGUAUACGACCCUCCUGUUAACUUUGACGAUUUCUUUGACGGGGAGAGUCUGGAGCAAGAGGACUUGGUCGUCUGGUUCAACCUAGGAAUGCAUCAUGUUCCGCACACGGGUGACUUGCCGAAUACCGUUUUCACCACGGCUCACUCGGGCAUGCAAUUUAUGCCGAGCAAUUACUUUACUGGUGACCAGAGCCGCAAUACCGUCAACAUGGUCAGGAUCAACUACAAAGAUGGCAAUACUUCCGCGGUGGAGCUUUUCGGUCAGAAGAGCGAGGCUGGAACGUGUGAAAUCAACUAUGCCCCAGGCGAGGCUGAUCUGUGGGGAUAUACUGGCGACGUGGUCGUCAGGAAGUUUCCUUAUGAUCCCAACAAUCCUUACUUUGAGACGGACUCGAUCGUGUAG